GGAAAAGGAGUUAGAGGGGGCGGGGUGCAUCAGAGAUGUUUGGAGGCUUUUUUUUUUUUUUUUUUUUAAUAUAAAAUUAUUUAUUUAAAUAAAAAAUGGCUGCCGUGGAGAGCGAGGAGGAGAGAAUAGAGGAGUCGACUGAGGGCCAGGAGGAGAAAGAACGACCCCACACGAAGACAAAGAAGGCUCGCAAGGAACAGCGCCAUGUUGAACAGGUGGCCGUCUCUCAAGUGCCCUUGCCCCCGUCAGGUCUGGAGCCACAGACGUCGCCAUCAGAGCCUGUGGCAGGGCCAUCGCAAGUGGUGCCUGGUAGCGAGUCUGCAGGUUCUCCCAGGCAGCGGCGCUCCGUUAUCAGAGAUCGCGGACCGCUGUAUAACGACCCCUCGCUGCCUGUAGGCUGGACCCGCAAGCUCAAGCAGAGGAAGUCUGGACGCUCCGCAGGGAAGUUUGACGUCUACCUGAUCAACUCGGACGGAAAGGCCUUCCGGUCAAAGGUGGAGCUCAUCGCUUACUUCCAGAAGGUCGGUGACACCACGACUGACCCCAACGAUUUUGACUUCACCGUGACUGGACGUGGCAGCCCCUCUCGUCGUGAGAAGAAACCUCCCAAGACACCAAAAGUGGUCAAACCGUCUGGUAGAGGCCGUGGAAGGCCCAAAGGCAGUGGAAAGAUGCGUCAGGCUACAGAGGGUGUGGCCAUGAAGCGCGUGGUUGAGAAAUCUCCUGGGAAACUGUUGGUCAAGAUGCCACGCAGCAAGGUGGAGUCCACCAGCGAGACCACACCCACCACUUCAAAGGUGUCAUCUCCUGCCCUGCCGUCAAUCAAGUCCCGUCCAGGCAGGAAGAGGAAAUCAGAACAGGCUCUUCCUGCCCCUUUGAAGACCACACCCAAAAAACGUGGCAGGAAACCAGCCUCAGCUUCAGCAGCAGCCACAGCUGCAACGGCAUCUUCCUUGUCAGCAUCAACCUCCAGUAUGUCAGUAGCAGGGGGCUACGCCGCCGCCGCCAUCAUGGCCGCUGAGGCCAAGCGCAGAGCCACCAAGGAGUCUUCCAGCAAACCUGGCGUCCAGGAAACAGCCCUACCAAUCAAAAAACGCAAAACAAGAGAGACAAUUGAGGAGAGAGAGACUGUUCCGACUCCAGGAUCUAGCACCACAGAGCCUGGUAAAAUGGCACCCUCCGAGGGGGAGGCUGGUCCAAAGGAGCCAACAGAAACUUCCCAGGUUCACCUUGCCUCUUUGGAGGGGAGCCAGUACCAAUCUCAGAGGCAGUUUUUUGCUUCCCAAGAAAGUCACUCACAUGGACAUAAGACACACAAAGGAAGGAAGCACAAGGAGAAGAGUGGAGCAGCAGGAAGUCAAGAGGAGGAAGUGACUGAAGAUGUUGAAGAAAAGGCAGGAAGAGGAGGAAGGAGUCGAAGCAGUAACACAAGUCCUUCCAAAAGCCAUAAAAGGAAGGAGCGAUCCCCACACAAACACCAUCAUCAUCAUCACCACCAUCAUCGCCAUCAUCAUCGCCACCAUCAAAGCUCUCUUUUGGAUCAUCCUCACUCAGCAUCUGGACACUCCAGUGAGUCCAAACUUAAAACAGAGCUAUACACUGAAUCCCAGUCCGCUGUCCCCAAACCACCACCCCUGUCACACUCCUCGCCUCAACCCUGUCCCCUGCAGGCCCUCCAGACCCCAUAUCAAGGUCAGAGCAAAGCCCCGUCUCAACUUACAAUUACUCAGUCUUCUCCCAUCAGACAUCCACCCCCUCAGCCAAGCCCUUUAAAAACACCACCCUCAGUCCAACACAAAACUCGGCUUACAGUUCAGCAUGCUCCACCUCUGUCACACCUGCAGGUCUCGCAGGUUCAACAGCCCCAGACAAGCAAUCUUCAUGAGCAAACCCAGUCCCCAGUAACACUCCAACCUCAAACUCAAACCAGACCCCCCUUUCAGACUCAACCACGUCCUCAAUCCCAAGCUCUGACCAGGACCCACCACGCAGCUGAGCCGCAAAUACAGCCCUGCACCACGGCCCAACCCCAUCUACAACACCAGCCCAGGACCCCUGCCCAAACCCAGUUCUUGUACAGUCCCCCCACACAGACUCAGUUUAGAUCACAGCCCCCUAUCCAGAUAAGCCCUCCUUUGGAACACCAGCUUCACAUUCAAAGCAGACCACAACCCCCGCAGGCCCGAGCACCACUACAUUUUCAACAAAUUCUACCACAGCCGCCCAGGCCCCACCCGCAACAACCCCCACUACAACAACUAUCUCUCCGCAUGGCCAGUAGACCCAACCUGGCCUCAGCUCAACAGAGCGAGCAGCCUCAAGACCUCAGCACCACACCCACCACUCGCAGCGUGGAGGGGAGGCCCAGAACCGAAGUACAAGUUGAAGCAGGACUUGUUUCAGAAAGCAAAGACACAAUUGGGGGUUCAAACAGCACCGCGAAGCCUCCCAGCUCAAUGCGAGCCGAUCCUCCCGGAAGAGCAGGGACGGAAGAUUGUGUCGGUCUCGUGUCUGGGGUGGAAGGCCGAGCUCGGCUACGAGUGGAUUCAGAGGUGGGGGGGGAGGGCAGGGAGCUCAGAGACAUGGUCCCCCCAUCUGCAGUUCCCUGUCCCAGCCGAGAGGAAACGGUCGAGUCUCGGACUGCUGUCAGCGAAAGGGUCAGCUGAUCAGUGGGCGCGGUGAGGAAGUGGAUUGCUCCAUUAUUGUGGACUGAGGUGGUACCAGUGAGGGCUCUUCCUCCAUCUUUGUGCACUGUUGCUCCACGGAAUAACGUUUCUCUUUUUGUCAACGAUCUGAGCGCCGAGCUAGCACUGACAAUGACUGAGGAGAAGGACAGAUGGUGUCAUUUUUUUAGGGAAAAAAAGGAAAAUAUAGAUUUAAAGUGUAUAUGUGCGUGUGUGUGUGUGUGUGUGUGUGUGUGUACAUCAUCAAAAGGCAGCUGUUGCGUCCCGCUCAUUCGGGUGGGGUAAGGGGGAGCAGUUUGGAACUAAUAACAAACGGCUAAGGACAGAUUAUCUCCAACAAAAUGUCGCUUCCGGGAUAUAAAAUGUUUAUUUUAUUUUGUAUUUUAAUAGUUUGUUUCAUCUCUACAGCUUUAAGGUUUGUAAUUAACUCACACUCCCAAGCAUGUGACUGUGCUGCUGACUGACACUCCUUUUAGUUAAGUCACAUAUUCAAAAACUCCCAAUUUACUUGACUUCUCUCCUCUUCCAGUGCCCCAGACGAGUAGCCAACAGUUCUACACUUAGUCCAAACACUUGAAUUUCUUGAAUGCGCUGACGAGUACCGGAAUCUUUCGGACUGACAUUCAAACAGACUCUCAUGUUCGAUUAGACAUGAGUCGUUCUUCCAUCUUGGUUGUGUUUCCAGAGGAAGUAUGUAUUCUGUCAAAGCAAAAUCUCUUCACCUUGAUUCUGGUCCCAAUGGGAAAGCAAGCUAAUGAUUACUAUUGGAGUCAUCUUUGUCUUGAGUGUUCUGGAACAUUCGCUGGAAGGUUCGGAAGUAGAGGUCCAUCAUACCGUUUUGCCACAGGAGCUAAACGCCUGUUAUGGGAAGUUGUGAAUUCUACAACUUAACCAUUCUGAACACGGUUGGAUGAUUGAAGCGGGAUAUCUACUGAUUACUUAAUGUGCACACAUCACAGUGUUUGCUUGUAGAUCUGGGGGUGGGGGGCGGUUAGCCAGAACUUUCACUCACAGACCCUUCCGACAGUAAAAGUGGCUACAGGUGUUUCUGUGAUGUUUUGUCUUCCUAAUGUCUUGCGAUGAUAAACUAGUAACAGCGCUAAGAGCUUUUCCCAUAUUUUUUCACUCACACUCUCGUCUUUGUAUCCUGUUAGGAUAUAUUAGAUGUUUUGUCAUUGGUCAGACCACAGGAGACAGUUUUAUUUGAAACACAUUAAGUACAUGACGUCUCUUGCCCCAAAGAUCGCCUCGUUCAACAGGAAGAGUGGCCCUAACGAGCUGUUUUGCCGCAAGAUGAGUGAACGACUCACUGCUAUGCAGGAUGGUUGUUUCACAAACCACACUGGGCAGCAACAACCAACGCCCAAUUGUUGACAACACCAGGGAACUCACAGACCGAGGCGUAAAUAGAGGGACUCCACACCGGAAAUUUAAAACUGAAGAAGCCUUUUGGAUUAAACGUCUUCAACAAACAAGAACAGUCCAGUUUCCUUGAUACAUUUGCAGUUUGGAGAACAUACAGUACAGAACAGUACAGUACUCGGAAAAAAUGGUUUGUCUUUCUUAAAUUUUUACAAAUUUACAAGAGUUUUAGUCUAAGUGCUAGUCCACUUCUGAAUUGGAAUGGUUGAGAAACUCUAGAUGUCUGACAGUAUACAGUGCCAUGAAAGUAUAUAUAGAAAUAUUGGCCUCCUUCUCAAAUUCUUAUAUUUUGCAUCGUUUCACCACUUUAAUGUUUAAGAUCAUCAAACAAAUGUACAUAUCAGACAAAUAUAACUGAGGUGAACUUAAAAUGUUUUUAAAUUAUUUCAUUUAUUAAGCAAAAAAAAUUAUAAUAAUUCAAAGUCACCCGCCUCUGUGUGAAAAAGUAAUUGCCCCUCCUCACUCCCUUGUUAAAUAAUGAAUUGUGGCUAAUCACAAUUUUGGUUAAUUUACGCUGAUCACACCCAAGCCUGAUUACCUCCAGACCUGUUCAAUCAAGAAAUCACUUAAACAGAAUCUGUCCCAACAAAAUCAAGUUGGACAAAAGAUCUAAAAAAGCUACAACAAAAUGGCAGGAGCCAAAGAAAUUCCAGAAGAGUCAAUAAAAAAAAGUAAUUGACAUCUAUCAGUCUGGAAAUUGUUACAAAAGCCAUUUCUAAAGCUUAUGGAUUCCAGCUGACCAUAGGAAGAGCCAGUAUCCUCACAUGGAGGAAACAUAGAACAGUGGUGAACCUUCCCAGGAGUGACCGGCCUGCAAAGAUUACCCCAAGAGAACAGCAAUGACUCAUCCAGGAGGCCACAAUGGAACUCAGGACAACUUCUAAAAAACUGCAGGCCUCCCUUGCCUCAGUUAAGGUCAGAGUUCAUGACACAACAAUAAGGAAGAGACUGGGCAAAAAUGGCAUCCAUGGCACUGUUCCAAGGUGAAAACCCAUUGCUGACGAAAAAGAACAAAGGCUCGUCUUAUUUUUGGAAAAACAAAAAAUAACCUGAAUAAUUACCAAGACUUUUGGGAGAAUGUUACAUGGAGUGACAAAAUGAAAGUUGAGGUUUUUGGAAGGUGUGUAUCUUGUUACAUCUGGCGUAAAUGUAGCACAGCAUUUCAGAAAAAGAACAUCAUACCUACAGUCAAACAUGGUGGUGGUAGUGUGAUGGUCUUGGGCUGCCAUGCUCCUUCAGGACCUGGACAACUUGCUGUGAUUGAUGGAACCGUGAAUUCUGCUCUUUGACAGAAAAUUCAGAAGGAGAAUGUUCAGCCAUCAGUUAAUGGCCUCAAGAUGAAAGCGCACUUGGGUUCUGCAGCAGGAUAACGAUCCAAAACACACCAGCAAAUCAACUUCUGAAUGGCCCCCCAAAAAAAUAAUAAUAAUAUUACAAAUGGUUUUGGAGUUUUGGAGUGGCCAAGUCAAAGUCCAGACUUGAAUUCAAACAAUCCUGCAAGGAAGAGUGGGCCAAACUAGCUCCACAGAGAUGUGAUAGACUCAUUGCCAGUAUGAGAACAUGCUUGAUUUCAGUUGUUGCAGUUGAGGAUGGCCCAACCAGUUAUUAGAUUUAGGGGGCCUUUACCUUUUCACACAGGGCCAGGUAACUUUGAAUAGUUUUUUUUUUUCCUUAAUAAAUGAAAUUACCAUUUAAAAACAGCAUUUUAAGUUCAUUUGGGUUAUAUUUCUCUGAUAUUUACAUUUGUUUGAUGAUCUUAAAGUGGGGAAACUAAUGUAUGCAAAAAAUAUAAGAAUUUGAAAACGGGGCUAAUACUGUUUCACAGGACUGUACAUUGUUGUGGUCUGUCGCCAUGCAUGUAAUGGACUGACGUGACACUUGACGUUAGGCAUGUGAUGAAGCCUUCGACCUGACAAGUAAAUGUCGGGUCUUUUAUCAGUGGCCAGUCUCAGAUUUUCCCCAAUUUGUUGAUGGUACCGCAAGUGAAAGAAAUUGCAUCAGCUGCUCAUGAAUGAUGUCAAACAAGUCAAACAUCCAAACAUGUUCUCAACCUCACAAUUGGAAUGCAGUAUUUGUACAUUUCCCUUUUGGCGUUCUGAUCUCCUGACAGCUAGGAGGUGGCGACGUAGGAAAAGUGCACUUCGCUGGAGAAUCUUCUCGCUGGAUUGCAGGUCACCUGACGUUGACCCAAGCUCACCUCUGCGUUUGCGGCAUUUGGUUUCCGCAAGCCCCUUAGCUGGCCGAUGUCAGACCGAACAGGACCACAGUAAGCAGCCGCCAUAUUGCAUGUUCCAGAGUCUAGUGCCUAUAACCUCGCGCGUCUUGCCGGAAGCCACCAUGUCAGCCAGCAGCCAUGUUGUUCCUAGACUUAGUAGUGAUGUGUGGUGACCUCAUAGCUGCUGAAUAAUAAUACUCUGCUUACAACUUAAUACACUGUCACUGUAGACUCACUAGUUUUUACUGGGUUCUUAGUUUUUUUUCUUAUUAAAAGAGUUUGUUGUCCCCCUA